AUGGCAUCCCACAUCAGUUCGCCUUCGGCGCUUUUGUUACUCCCCCCGCCACCAUCAUUCUCCCUUGGCGGGGUCAAGGAAGCAUUCGAGACCUCGGUAUCGCAGGUACUCGUGCAGCUGUCCAAGUCUUUGGAAGGCUCCAAUCGCAUUGCCACUCUCGAUGUUGCUUUGGCAAUCCCAGGCCUGUUAUCUCCAUCCAACAGGCCUCGUGCAAAGACCUUCGCCCAAGUGGAACAUUUUGUCGGCAGCAUCUAUACUUUGAUUGGGGCUGUGGCAGCCGCUCAAGAUAUCGAACUUGACUCCCCCGGUGGCAUCGAUGCCCGCUUGGUAUUUGUUGACCACCCGUUAUCCGACGCUGCAGCCUCUCAAGCCAAGACUGGCUCAAAGAUUGGACCAAUCCUUGAUCUUCAGUCACUGGCAACCUCGGGCCGACAAUGGAACCAUAUAUUCUUUCCAAGCAACCAAGCCGGUCGGAAUAUGGCCGACUCCUUUCUAAAUAGUAUCAUUGAUCCAUCCAAAAGUCACACCGCAUCAAUCCUGCAGACGGUCUCCAGCGGAGACUGGUCGGCCCCGCAGUCUCUUUUGGUUCCUGAGGACCAACCGUCCCUCGAGCCCCACUACUCGGUUGCAGUUGGAGGAACAUUCGACCAUCUUCACCUUGGUCACAAACGUCUACUCACAGCACUGGCGCUAGCACUGGAGCCGCUAGAUAAUACUAAUCAGGAUCGAGAAAGGCUUCUGACGGUCGGUGUGACUGGUGAUGCGUUGCUAGUGAACAAGAAGUUUGCCGAAUAUUUAGAAAGCUGGGAAGUGCGGUUUCAGACCACUGCAGCCUUCUUGGCUGGCAUCAUGGAUUUCUCAGGGAAUGGCUCUCCCCGAGUGGAACGCAGCAGAACUCCAGAUAGCAAGGGACAAGUGGUGAUUAUGGAAAUCCAGCCCACCUUGAUCUAUAAGUUCGUGGAGUUCUUCGAUGUCUGCGGCCCCACCAUUACCGAUGAGAACAUCAGUGCAUUGGUUAUAUCGAAGGAGACGUCAGCUGGAGGGGCAUUCGUCAAUGAGGAACGGGCCAAAAAAGGAUGGUCAAGGCUGUCGAUUUUCGAAGUGGACGUUCUCAUGUCUGGAGAGGCUAAGGCGAGCGCCAACAAUUUCGAAGACAAAAUCAGCAGCACCAACAUUCGUCGACGACGUAUGAACCGGGCCAAAGUAUAA